AUGCUUGACCAAUGGGAGAAACCAGUUCAUAAUGGUUUGAAAAGGCAAGGCGUGCGACAGAGACCAAGCAAAGUGGCGGACACUGGCCAUGGUGGUACGGCGGAGACCAAGCGAAGUGAUGGAACAGAGAGAAGAGAUAGAGCUCGGAGAUGCAGAGAAGGAAGAAAACGUGAUGGCCGGUCUCUAGCUCGUUUCCGUCCUUACCAGCACCACCACCGACGCGCUUCUCAUCACCACUACGGUGGUGGAAGAAAACCUUGA